AUGACGAAUCACCAUAGCUUGGGUGAUGCUAGCACCCGAUUUUGUUUCUUGAAGGCGUGGACAUCGAUUGCUCAAUCCGGAACAGAUGAGUUGUUUUUAACUAAUGGGACUUUACCCGUUUAUGAUCGACUUGUCAAGUACCCGAAACUAGAUGAAAGUUAUCUGAAAAACGCAAAGGUCGAAACUUUUAACGAAGAAUAUCAACCACAAAGCCUUUCUGGGCCAACUGAUAAACUCCGAGCCACAGUUAUCUUUGACGCGAAGUGUCGUGAAUCGGUUGAAGAAACUGAAGCACGCAAAGAUGAGGCAGAACUAUUCGGUUUCACCAUCGAUUGUAGGGCACGUUUGGAUCCACCGAUCCCUGCAGCUUACUUUGGUAAUUGUGUUACAUUUACAAUGGCGUUGGAAAAAACUAGUCUUUUAAUGGGAAAGGAAGGAUUCGUCACUGCUGCUAAACUGCUUGGAGAAAGUCUACACAAGACCUUGACCGAUAAGGAUGGAAUCGUGAAAGAUUUUGGGUCGUUCGAAGAUUUGUUCGCCAAGAUGAUGCCAACGUCAUGGAUAGGGGUUGCGGGAACACCAAAGCUUAAAUUUUACGAUUUGGAUUUUGGAUGGGGGAAGCCCAAAAAGCAUGAAACAAUUUCCAUAGAUUUUAAUGGAUCCAUAUCCAUGGCUGCCUGUAAAGAAUCGAACGAAGACCUGGAGAUUGGUUUGUGUCUUUCUGCUACUGAGAUGGAGGCUUUUGUUAGUAUCUUUAAUGAUGGACUAGAGGCGUACGUACAUGUAGAUUAA